AUGGUUGGUAAUAAAGAUUUUGUAGGACGACAAAAGACAACACCAUUUUAUUUUCAACAUUUUAAUUUGAGAGAUAUUUCUAUAACUGCUGGGGGAGUUACUUAUCCAUCAGCUCCUUAUUCCCUUGAUUUUCCAAAAGGAAACUACGCUAGAAUUUAUCAUGACAUGCAAGAAGCUAUAGGAUACGCGGGAUCGUUAGAAAGUAACGGUAUAUCUAUGUUUCGUUAUGCUUAUGCAGGAUAUUGCUUUUUCGUAUUUAACCUUACAAAUAGUCAGGAAGAUAAUGGACCGGAGAUGUUUGAUUUGAUAAAAAAUGGUACAACUAGUAUAAGAAUGACAUUUAAUGAGGCGGUUCCAAGUGGUGGAAUUGUACUAGUGGCUAUGGGUGAAAUCGAUUCUCUGCUCAUGUUAGAUAGAAACAGAACUAUUUCCACAGAUAUUUCAGUAUAA